AUGUCCAAGGCACAUGGGGCCAGAGCGGCCGCGCUGGCGGCCCUCAUUGCGCUCUGGGCGGCCCGGGUGGAUGCCGGGGUGGUGGCCGUGGGCAAGCUGCAGAGCUGCGUGAACGACGGCACGACGCCAUCAACAAGCCUCAGCUGCUCCCAGAAGAUCGUGGUGACCGUGGAGCUGGAGAAUAACAAGCUCUACGAGACGGAGCAGCUGAGCUUUGGGGUGUCCUGCGUGAACAGCCCCACCGACCAGUGCCCCUGCCCCUGCAACUAUGCCACCGACCCGAGCUGCCAGUGCCGCGACCUGCGCCAGACCAUCCUGGUGGCAGCCACCAAGUCCCCCGACAUCAUCGUGGGCAGCACUUGCCGCGACGGCUGGAACGAUGCGGGCGCCACCUGCGGCUUUGCCCAGGACGGCGGCCAGGACGUGGCCGACUCCCAAGGCUUCUGCUGCGACUGCGGCAGCCUCAUCAACUUUGGCGGCGACGACGGGCAGCUGUCGCGCGGCAACCUCGACUGCGGCGGCUUCAUCCAGACGCAGGACUCGGCCCACUGCCUGCGCUUCGACAACACGUGGUGGCACGCUGGCUACGUGAUUGGCGAGUAUUCUCUUGACUUCACCAUCAACCUCAACAUCACCACCGUCACCACCAAUGCCACCACCAACGCCACCGCCGCCGCCUCGGAGCUGGUGACGCUCACCCCCAGCGCCCCCUUCCGGCGCGACUCCUCCCGCCGCCUGUCGGCCAAGCUGCUGGGAGACCUGGAGUCGUACCAGCAGGCGCCCCAGUUGGACGGCAAGUGGCUGCUCAUCCCCACCAAGCCGGGGGAGGGGCCCCAGGAGUGGUACACCCGCCACUUCAAUGAAUGGAUGGUGGUGGACGGCAACCUGGUCACCACCACCGGCCUGGAGUGCGACAAGAUCGGCGUGAGCUACAGCGGCUUCCGCAACAGCCAGCCCAACAAGUGCACCACGCCGCAGGGCAGCUGCCUGCGCAACCAGAUCGUGGACCUGUAUGCCGCAGACCUCAACAGGAUCAACACGGGGGUGGACCCGUUGUAUUUUGUUGGGCGGUACGGUGGCGGUACUCUAAACUCCGACCAGUUGACCGGAGAGCUGCAGGAAGACGGCUCCUUCAAGCUGGCCCUCAACCUCCCCAUCUCCGCCAUCAAGGUCAGCCUGCUGACGCUGAUGGUGGCGGCGGACGACGUGGCGUUUGUGGUCAACCGCUCCCCCGCGCAGAUCACCAGCGUGCAGGUCUGCACAUACGACGGCAUCAUAUGCGGCGGCUUUGAGGCGAUGACGGCACGGGGCUACCUGCGAGUCACUGUGAGGAACAGCGGCUAUGUGGCGUCUGACUAUACAGUGCAGGUCACGAACUGCACCACCGGAGUGCGGAAUGUGCUGGCGCAGCGGGCGGGCAUCGCCCCCCAGUCCUCCACUGUGUUCCAGUUUGAGCUACAGAUGGAGAGCGACGCCGCCUCAGAGAGCAGCUGCAUGGUGUCUGUGGUGGAUUCCCUGGGCGACACAGUCGCCACCAUGGGCAUCAGCUUCUACACCGACGCCACAGACUACACCCAGCCGCCAGAACAGUCGGACAUCGGGGACCAGGUCACGGGACCCAAUGAGGACACCCCCGACUGGUGCCAGCAGGUGUGCCCCCGCCUCACCGACUUCAAGUGCGCAAUCAACAAGGGCUGCUACGGACGCCUGGCAAAGGGCCUCUCUGCCAUCGUGGCACCGGUGGCCGGCCUGGGUGCGCUCUUCAUGAUUUGGAAGACGGGACACCUGGGCCUGGUGCUGCGUAUCCUAUCCUUCCUGUGCUGCCGCCCCUCGGCGGCGGCGCCGCAGCCCGCCGCAGCCGCGCCCGCGCCCGCGCAGCAGCCGCCCGCCGGCGGCAGGAAGCAGCGUGGUGGCGGCCGGCCCUCGCCGUCGUCGUCUCAGGAUGGGGAGGCGGGGGGGCAGCCCGUGGAUGGCGUCGUGCGGGUGGCCAAGCAGGGGCAGGCGGCUGGGUGGAAGAAGCUGAGGGUGGGUUCGGUGGCUCCCGACCCCGAGCGCCAGCGGCGGCGCAGCAGCAGCCUGUACCGGGCGCGGGCCUCCAUCAUUGCGGCAGCGCACCAGGCCCGCGAGAUGCUCCUGGGCCUGCGCUGCAUGGUGAGCAACCCACUGGCCGACGGCGGCGACGAGGAGGCGGCCGCCGGGAGGCUGCCCGCGCGCGUGGCGGGGCCGGGGGCCGGCGCCGGAAGCGGAAGCGGCGGCGGCGUGUACGGCGGCAUGGGCUCAGACCCGUUCUGCACCACACCCACCUUUGCGCCCAUGGCUGGCGGCAGCGGCGGCUCGCCCUUUGGCGGCCUCCCCGUCCGAUCCACCGGCGGCUCCCCAGCCGCACCUCUGUCCCCUAUGGCCACACCCACCGCCCGAGCGGCGAACGCCGGCUUUGCGGCGUUUGGGAGCGGCGGUGGCGGCGGGGGCGGUCCCAGCCUGGAGCAGCAGCUGCGCCAGGUGCAGCAGCAGCGCCAGCUGCUGCGCCAGCUGCAGCAGGUGCAGCAGCAGCAGGACUCGCUGGCGGCGCUGGCGGGCGGCGGCGGCGCCGCGGCGGCCUACCACCUUGCCGAGAGGGCCGCCUCGGCGCCAGCCCUCUUCCUGGCGCCCCUGGGAGGCCAGCCCAGCCUGUCGCCGCAGCAGCUGGGCGCGGGCUGGCCCCAGCAGCAGCAGCAGCAGCAGCAGCAGUGGCCCGCUCCAGCGAUGGCCAGCUCGGCGCCGGGGUCGCCGAUGGCGGCGGCGGCGGCGGCGGGCGUGCUGGGCCCCGGCCACCCGUUGCUGCCGCCAUUCGCCGCCCUUGGGGGCGCCCCGCUGUCGCUGCCGGCGGCUCUGCACCACCACAUGAGCGCAGCGCUGCUGGCGGGGCCGUCCCUGGCUGGCGGCGUGCACUCUGCGCCCGUCACCCCAGCCGGCGCAGCCUCGCUGCAGCAGCAGCAGCAGCUGCAGGCGGCGGCGUGGCAGCAAGGGCUGCAACAGCAGCAGCAGCAGCAGCAGCAGCAGGCGGAUGCCCUGGAUCUGUCAGGGCUGGGCCCUGCCUCCUGGCAAGGCGCGCUGGCCGGCGGCGGCCCGCAGCAGCAGCAGCAGGCAGCAGGCAUGCACGCCCUGGGCCUUCCGGCGCUGGAGGCGCAGCAGCAGCAGCAGCAGCAGCUGCGGCGGCUGGCUGCGGCUGCCGGCGCCGCCAAGAGCCGCUUUGCACCCGGCCUGGGCGGCGGCUGA